GCUGUGGCAUUCUUCAUCCCUCUUUUGGAAAAGAGCCGGGUGCCUCAUGCGCGUCUUGCGUGAUGGAUAAGCGUCAUGGAUAACUGAAAGAGCUAAAAACUGGACGUAUACUCGCUCAGACAGACAGCAUGGCUCCAACGGGGCCUCUGUGUAAACAUCUCCACUGUGACCGACAGCUGUGAGUUCGCCUGUCAAGAAGGUGAAUAAGGGAGCGUAGAAGACCAGUAGCAGCACAGAAAGGCAUUUUCCAUUGUGAGCAAGUGAAGCAGAAGACGACCAAGAGACAUCAGACGAAAGGAGCAGUGGCAAAGGAGAGGGGAAAGUGUGGACAACUCGCUGGAUGAAGGAAGCAGACUGGCUGUCCCUUCCCUGGCGUGAUGGAGUGAGACAAGGAAUGAGGGUGGAUGGUGAGAGCGGGCAGCAGCAGCAGCAGUGGAGGGGCCGGAGGAGGAGGUGCAGGGGGAGGUGGUGGAGCAGGAGGUGGCCGGAGAGGCAGGAGCAAGUAUCGCUCGAGGAGGCGAUUCUCCGGCUCCUCUGUGGCCGAGCGGCUCAGCUGCAAUAGCGGCGAGAAAAUGUCGCCCAGCAUCAGGAAGUUAGACUGUUUCUCGCCCAUGCUGUGCCACUGUAAAGUGGCCUGUACGAACAGCACCAUCUCGCUCAUGUUUGGAUGCAAGAAGUACAGGCAGCAUGAUGAAGAUACAGGAUCUCCACAGGAGCAGAGUUCGCCUCAGCUUACCGAUGAGGCUCCUGAGCCAGAGCUGGUCCAGGUGGCAGAGAAAAACCUCUCCCAGAUUGAGAAUGUCCAUGGCUACGUGGCACAGGCACAUAUCUCCCCAAUGAAGGUUGAAUCACUGGAAUGCAUCUUCGAUGGGCCGUCUACUGUAGUGAAUGAGGAGAGUACCCCUCCUCCACUUACUCCCCUCUCCAACCCGUACCCUCAAAGUCCUGUGACCGUCCAGGCAAAUCCGCCUCCUGUCGUGGUUAAUACAGAGAGUUUGGAUUCAGCCCCAUAUGUUAACGGUACAGAGGCUGACUUUGAGUAUGAGGAGAUUACGCUUGAAAGGGGAAAUUCAGGGCUGGGCUUCAGUAUCGCUGGUGGCACAGAUAACCCUCACAUUGGUGAAGACCCUAGUAUAUUCAUCACUAAAGUCAUCCCUGGGGGCGCUGCAGCUCAGGACGGGAGAUUACGGGUGAAUGACGUGAUUCUACGAGUGAACGAGGUGGACGUCAGGGACGUGACCCACAGUAAGGCAGUGGAGGCCUUGAAGGAGGCAGGGUCACUGGUCAAACUGUACGUCAGGAGGAGAAAGUCUGCGUCAGAGAAGAUCACGGAGAUCAAGCUCGUUAAAGGACCCAAAGGUCUUGGUUUCAGUAUAGCAGGAGGUGUUGGAAACCAGCACAUCCCCGGGGACAAUAGCAUCUACGUGACAAAAAUUAUCGAAGGUGGAGCCGCACAUAAAGAUGGAAGACUACAAAUAGGAGACAAACUUCUUGCUGUGAAUAGCUUCUGCCUGGAAGAGGUUACCCAUGAGAAUGCCGUGACUGCCUUGAAAAAUACCCCAGACGUGGUCUUCUUAAAAGUGGCAAAACCCAACAGUGUCUUCGUUAAUGACAGUUUCGCCCCACCUGACAUCACCAACUCCUAUUCCCAGCACAUGGAAAAUCAUAUCAACCCCCCAACCUAUCUGAGCCAGCCGCUGCCCCCUGUGCAUUCAGGACCCUAUUCCCCGACCCCAAAGACCAUGGUGGGGGAUGAUGAUGUCACCAGGGAGCCCAGGAAGGUUGUACUGCAUCGGGGCACCACAGGACUCGGUUUUAACAUUGUGGGUGGUGAGGAUGGAGAGGGCAUCUUUAUCUCCUUCAUCCUUGCUGGAGGCCCUGCAGACCUGUGCGGAGAGCUCAGUAAAGGAGACCGUCUGGUGUCUGUGAAUGGAAUAGACCUCCGCGGUGCCACUCACGAACAGGCAGCGGCAACCCUGAAGAAUGCCGGACAAACUGUUACCAUUCUGGCCCAGUACAGACCAGAAGAGUACAGCCGAUUUGAGGCCAAGAUCCAUGACCUCCGAGAGCAGAUGAUGAACAGCAGCAUCAGUUCAGGCUCAGGAUCACUGAGGACCAGUCAGAAGAGAUCAUUAUAUGUUAGGGCACUGUUCGAUUAUGAUAAAACUAAGGAUUCAGGGCUGCCCAGCCAAGGCUUAAACUUUAAGUUUGGGGACAUCUUGCAUGUCGUGAACGCUUCAGACGAUGAGUGGUGGCAGGCACGGCAGGUCACUCCUCAGGGAGAGGUGGAGGAGAUGGGCGUCAUUCCCAGCAAGAGAAGGGUGGAGAAGAAGGAAAGAGCCAGGUUAAAGACAGUCAAAUUUAACUCCAAGUCACGGGAGAAAGUACAGUCCCUCAAUGACAAGCGUAAAAAGAACCUCUUUUCCCGCAAGUUCCCAUUCUACAAGAACAAGGAGACGAGUGAGCAGGAAACGAGCGAUGUGGACCAGCAUGUCACCUCUAAUGCCAGUGAUAGUGAGAGUAGUUACCGUGGUCAAGAGGAAUAUGUGCUGUCCUACGAGCCAGUCUGUCAACAGGAAGUUAACUACGCACGACCCGUGAUCAUCUUGGGUCCGAUGAAGGACAGAGUAAAUGAUGACCUGAUAUCAGAAUUCCCCGACAAAUUUGGCUCUUGUGUUCCCCAUACAACAAGGCCAAAGCGUGAUUACGAGGUGGACGCCAGAGACUACCACUUUGUUGUGUCUAGAGAGCAGAUGGAGAAAGACAUACUGGAGCACAAGUUCAUUGAGGCGGGCCAGUACAACAAUCACCUGUAUGGAACCAGCGUGCAGUCUGUCAGAGAGGUGGCCGAAAAGGGCAAACACUGCAUUCUAGAUGUAUCAGGCAAUGCUAUCAAGAGACUCCAAGUGGCUCUGCUUUACCCCAUCGCUAUUUUCAUCAAACCCAAAUCAAUGGAAAACAUCAUGGAGAUGAACAAAAGAUUCACGGAGGAACAAGGCAGGAAGACAUAUGAUAGAGCAAUGAAGCUGGAACAGGAGUUUAUGGAGCAUUUCACAGCCAUUGUUCAAGGGGACACUUUGGAAGAGAUCUACGAUCAAGUAAAGCAGAUCAUUGAGGAACAGUCUGGACCAUUCAUCUGGAUACAGUCCAAGGAGAAACUAUGAACACCUUCAGGAGUUUGUCAUCCCUCUCUCUUUGCCUGAUUUAUUUAUUGAUUCUGUCCUCUUUUUUUUUUGUUAAUUUUUAUUUUUCAUAAUCUCAGUUGGGCGUCUCCAAGUGACAUGCAUUCAACAUAUUAAUUCCAGCAUACUUCACUCUCUGUUUAGUCCUACUUCUUCACCUCCUGACUUUGAGCUCCUCCAGUAGCGGUUUAAAGAAAAGAGGAUCAACCUUUUUCAGAUCUCAACUGCUUCCAAGCUUACAGAAAGCUACAGUAUGUUAGACCAGCAUCUGUUAUCCAGGGUUUCGGAAACGGUACAGUUCCUUAAUGUUUAAGGGAGGUUACUUUGUAAGGAAAAAGAGUGGAUUUUGUUUUCUUUCGUUGUUGUCUUUUUUGUGGUGUAAGAUUGUGAUAUGAAGCUUGGGUCUCAGGCAUUGGACUUGUAAAAUGGUGAAUAACACAAAAAGCAAAACUUUGCACGUUCUAGCUAUUAGGACCAGGUGUUCUUUGCUCUUUCUUUAUUGUCGUUCAUUUCCAUCAUAAUCCACUAUGUUCAGUACUUUAAUCUUAUUCUCUUUUCCCUUUAUUGUUGUAUUGGCAUGCUUAUUGUUCUCCUCAUUCUAAAUGUCUGCGUUAUGGAGCCGUCGUGUUUAGAUGAUGUCCGGCCGCACGGAGGCAAGACGUGGGCCGCCGUUGUUUUAGAAUGUUGGAGUCUACAAUCAGUGUCUUACACGGAGUACGUGUUUUCAACACUCAUGAUUUACAUUUAGGAAAGUCUGCCAUUUGUAAGGAACUGAUAUUUUUAAGAGAUGUCUUCACACAUCCUUGGCAAUAAAGUGCCAGCGCAUAUGUGGAAGAAAUUUAUUGUACAAUGAGAUCUUAACAGAUAUUUAACCCUCCAUAAACUGCCUAUUUUGUUAUAAUAAAAGUCUAUAUUGAGCUUUACUUGAGCACGAUUAUGAUGGGAGUUAUUUUUUUGGCAUCGUAAAAUGUAUAUUAGAGCAAGAGAUUUAAAAACAAAAUAGUAGGAAUAUAUUUUUUCCUUUUUCUGUUUCCACCCGCUGUUUAUUUUAAUAAACUGCAAGAGAUGGGAGAGAGGGGACCACAUCAGUAGAUUGGAAAUAGAGACUAGCAGAUGAUGAAUGCGAUAUUUCAGUGCCGUCACAUUCCGACAGCUACUUCUCGCACUUCCUCCUCUCUGUCUGCCCACCACUUCAACGUAAUCUGCUCAAGUGUGCUACAUCAGAGUUUUAACAGGGUGGAGGAGAAUGCUCUGUCUGAUUCCCCCUCUCAGACGCAAACCGAUUCAGAAAGAUGAAAAGCUUCUCGAAGCUGUCGAGGCAAACUGAACGCACCACAGAGACUCAUUUUUCUAAACUUGUCCUGAAGAGGGGGACGUCUGCUCUUCCCACGGCAUUAUUGUUUUCUAUACUAAGACUGCUUGUUGUACCACCUCACCACCUCUGCUUUUUAGGGACAUUUUUGGACUGGCAUAAAUGAAACAUGUAAAUAACCUACUGAUCUGAUUCAUUCCAUUGAUCCAAAUGAACAAGAGGAGAAUGGUUAAUUCAAGAAAAUAAAACAAAAUGUUUCUCAUAAUGCA